UCUACCUAAUAUCUGCCUCCUUGCCCUGUAUCCCUUUACUUGGGGGUAUUAGCAACAGAGAAGCCCCAACAGAAUGGCUGCCAACAGAGUCCUGAUCCUGGGGACCCUCUCACUGGCCAUGUUGCUGAGUCACCAAGGAGCUUCUGAGUCCAAUGAAGCUGACCAUCUGGGGGUGUAUGGCACAACCAUGUACCAGUCCUAUGGGUCCUCAGGCCAGUAUACACAUGAAUUUGAUGAGGAUGAAGAGUUUUAUGUGGACCUGCAGAAGAAGGAGACUAUAUGGAGGCUGCCAGAGUUUGGCCAUUUUACUAGCUUUGACCAUCACACUGCGCUGAGAAACAUAGCCGUAGCCAAGUAUAACUUGCACCUCCUGAUCAAAUGCUGCAACAGAACCAGGGCCAUUAAUGUGCCCCCUGAGGUGACUGUGUUCUCAGACAGUCCCGUGGAGAUGGGCCAGCCGAACAUACUCAUCUGCUUGGUGGACAACAUCUUCCCCCCAGUGGUCAACAUCACGUGGCUUCGUAAUGGGCAGUUAGUCACUGCAGGUGUGUCUGAGACAGACUUCUACCCUCGACCUGACCACAAAUUCCGCAAGUUCCACUACCUCGCUUUUCUCCCCAACACAGAAGAUUUUUAUGACUGCAAAGUGGAGCACUGGGGCCUGGAGCAGCCAGUCCUCAAGCACUGGGAACCCCAGGUUCCAUCCCUGCUGCCAGAGACAACAGAAGCUGUGGUCUGUGCCCUUGGUCUGGCUGUGGGUCUGGUGGGCAUCGUUGUGGGCACUGUCCUCAUAAUCAGGGGCAUACAUUCCAGCAGUAGGACCCAACAUCAAGGGCCUCUGUGAAUCAACUGAUAGAAAAGGACUAGAGAGACCUGGGUAACAGCUUUCUAAAUGAGGAGGAACACAAGGAAGAGUCCAGCUCCCUGUCCCUGACCUUGGUCUGGCUGAAGAUGCUGCCUUCUGUCAUCUGUCUGAGCACCUCAUCUAUCUGUUCAUCCCUCCAUUUAUCUACCUGGACUUCUGAUUGAUUCUACCUAUGCCUUCUCUUUGCUGACUUCUCCUUAAUCUCAACAUUUUAUAUAGCAGACAGCCUGGUCUGAUCUCUAAUUUCCCUGUAGGUUCUCUAGAGUGACUCAAGUCCAGGGUCCCCCUUCUUCCAAUCCUGAUAUUCUCCAUAGCUGAGUAAAUUUAGUCAUCUCGCCACCUCCCCUGCAUUCAACUAUCACUUCUAUAUAGAUGAUGCCCAUAUACAUUUAUCCGUCCCUAGUCUUUUGCUGAGCUGUAGUUUCCCACAUCAUUAACUGCCUGUUGGACACUCCUAUCCCUUAAUCAUUUCCAACUCAACAUGUCCAAAAAAGGGCACAUUAUCUUUUCCCCAGACCCCUCCUCCUUUUCCUAACUUCUCUAUUUUUGCUAAGGGCACUAACAUCUUUCCAGUCACCCAAUUUCACAAUCCCUCUCAUCUUCUACUCUUUGCUUUCCCUCACUGGUCACAUUCAAUCAGUUUACAAGUCUUGUUGAUUCUACCUCCACAAUAUAUGUUGUUUCAGUCCCAUUCUCCUCACUCACAUGGCUAGCACACUGGUUUAGGCCUCUAUCAUCUCUAACUUGCAUGAUUGCAAUAGACUCCACUAAAUCACUUCCUCCUCUUUAAUCCACAUUCCACACAGCUGGCAAAUUUUCCUAAAGUACAGGUAUGCUGGUAUCCUUGCUUUUCUCAAAAAACUCUAGUAACUGCCUCCUAGAAUGAAAUACAAGCUCCUCGGGCUUUAAAAGUCCUUUACAAUUGGCACUAUAUAUGCUUUACACUGCAGUCAAAGAGGUCUUUUUGCUGUUCUUUAUAGAGACCAUUUAAUCUCUGAUCAGUUUUCAUGUCCAGUCUCCAUGUCUUUGCAUAGGCUGACCCCUGUGCCUAGAAUGCCUUCCCUCUUCACUUUUGUCUCAUAGAAUGUUAGUUUCCUUCAUAGUUCAGCUCAGGUCCCAUCCUAAGAAACCUUAUCCUGAUACCACCAGUUGCUAGUGCCCUUCCUCCUAAAAAUUACUUUGCAUAUUUUUUAUAUUUCAUUCAUUAUAUAUAUGUUUUUCCCCAUCCUUGACCCCCUCCCACACCAAUACAGUAAGAUUGUUUUAGAACAGAAACUGUUUUGAGGUUUUUGUUUUUGUUAUAUUUGUAUCCCCAGAGCCCAGUACGGUGGCUGACAUAUAAAUAAAUUCUUAUAAAAUUUGA